CGUAUCAUACGUGUUUUAUAAGAAUACUUCAUGAUAUUGAAGGUCAAGAUUUAUAAAAACACGUGUAAAUUUCGAAGCCAAAAACUACGAUGUUCAGUGAGAAAAGCUGUAUAGUGAUCUUAGUCUCAAUGAUUAUUAUUCAGAUUCUAGCAGAAUCUCCCAAAAUUCAACCAUUUAAUUUUGAAUCGGUGAUACGAACUGGAGGGAAGACAACAGUAACUUGUGCUGUUAAAAGAGGAGACUUUCCUUUAGAAUUUUCGUGGAAUAAAGAUGGGAAAGAUAUUGAUAAAUUAGAAAAUAUUAAAAUUAGUUCUCUUAAAGAAUUUUCCGUAAUUGUAAUUGAUCCAGUUCUCUCAGAGAGUGGAGGUAAUUAUACAUGUAACGUGAAGAAUUAUCACGGCAGUGAUAGCUAUACUGCAUUAUUAACAAUUGAAGAUCCUCCGUCAUGGUUAAUCGAACCUAAAGACAUUGAAACACCUGCUGAUAGCGAUGUAAUAUUACAAUGCAGUGGAAACAGUUCUCCUAAGCCAAAAAUUAAUUGGUGGAAAAUAUCUGAUAUAAACGAAAAGCAAGAAUUAAUAUCUUCCGAUGGAAUAUUAAGAUUAUCCAAAAUCACAACAAAUGACAGUGGAAGAUACUUAUGCACAAUAUCAAAUGGUGUGGGGAAAGCUCUUAAUAAAGAAAUAGUUUUAACUGUUCUUGUACCAGCCAAAUUUGAAGAAAAGUUUGCUGUUGUGUCAUCGAGAAGGGGAGAUAGUACAAGCUUAAAAUGCGAAGCAACAGGAGAUCAACCAUUAUCUAUCGUAUGGAAAAAAGAUAUGGUGGAGUUGGGUAAAAGUGGUGGAAAUAGAUAUGAAAUAUUUGAGACGUUAACUGCUAAAGGUUUGAAAUCGGAAUUAAUAAUAAGAGAAACCGAAAGGACGGAUAGUUCAAUGUAUUCCUGUGCUGCAGAAAAUCCUUACGGAAAAGAUGAUAGAAACAUGAAAUUGCUGGUUCUUGAAGUUCCGGCGCGACCGCUUAAUGUUAAAGUUCAUGACGUUUGGAGUAGAAGCGUUAGUGUUAGUUGGUCUCCCCCGUAUACAGGAAAUAGCCCGAUAACUCAAUAUGUGGUACAGUAUUGGCGAGAUCAAGGUGCACCACAUCGUCUACAAGAAAAAGAUGUUACUAGUUCUCAGACAUCAACACUUAUUAAAGAAUUAAAUCCCGGAACCACUUAUACAUUAAGUGUUGUUGCUGAAAAUGCCGUUGGACGAGGUGAAUCUUCUCAGACUGUUACUUUUACCACAGGAGAGGAAGAACCUUCUGGAGCUCCAAUUGAUGUCAAUGUUGAGGCUAAAGGAUCUUCAUCUUUGUUUGUUAGUUGGAAGGAUCCUCCACGAAGUGAUUGGAAUGGACUAUUGAAAGGAUAUUAUGUAGGUUAUAAAGUGCUUGAUUCAGCUCAACCAUAUUCUUUUAAAACAUUAGAGUAUAGUCAGAGUGCAAUUCAUGAGCAUAUGAUCACUAAUUUAAGAAAAGAUACAGAAUAUAAAAUAGUAGUUAAAGCUUUCAAUGCAGCAGGUAGUGGUCCAGUUUCUCAGGAUGUGCUAGUGAAGACAUUGGGAGGAGAUCUUCCAUUGCCUCCUCAUAUAUUUCUUGCCAGUACUACUGAUAGUUCUAUUAAAGUUCAGUGGCAUCCACAAGAUACAAGAACUCCUCUUACAGGGCAUGUUAUUCACUAUCGAAAGAAAUUUGAAAGAUGGCAGCAAAUUCCAGUAUUAACUCCUUCCGAAAAUGUGUUUACUAUUAAUGGCUUAGAAAGUGGUGCUGAAUAUCAAUUAUAUGUCACCUCAGCUAAUGAAUUUGGAGAAGGAGAUCCUAGUGAAUUAUUGAAUGUUAAAACAACUGGUCAUAGCAAUGACAAUUUAAUUUUGUUAACUGGUGGCCAAGAUGCUCCGUAUUACUUAGAUUUAUCACUGUUGGUACCUAUAGCAGCUUCUGUCGCAGCAAUUAUUGUUGUAACUAUUGUAGUAUGUAUUUGGGUACAAAAAGCAAGAGGAAGAAGAAAUUUAGAAAGAGCCCUUAGAGAAGAGAAACAUUAUAAUUAUGGCCCUGCUUCUCAACGGUAUGUUGACAUAGAAAAAUCAAGACAAUAUCCUUAUCCAGAUUCUGAUUUAUCUUCCAAUUAUCCAACACCAUAUGCUACAGUACCAAUGAGAGAUGAUGUGUCAGAAAGUGGCAAUGAUCCUCAUCAAGAAAUGAAAUCAUUUCUUCCACAAAAUAUGAAAGACAGACCUCUUCCUGUACCAAAGACUAGCUCAUUGAAGAAGAAAGAUGAAUCUCAUAUUUAUGAUAAUGGUGACAUGCCUAUAAUCAGACCAUUCUCUCUUCCUCGUGAUCUCAAAAUUGGAGAUAAAGUCAGUAUUCUCUGUUCAGUUAGUUCCGGGCAACAACCGCUAACGUUUCAUUGGAUAAAAGAUGGAGAAGAAAUGUUUGAAACUAAGAAUAUAAAAAUUCAUAGUCAUUCCGAUGUGUCAGUAAUUACUAUACAUUCUAUUAAUGAAAAUAGUGUAGGAAACUACACUUGCUUUGUAAGUAACAAUUUUGGAACUACUUUUCACACAGCUGUAUUAGAAGUGCCAGUAUCUCCAUCUUGGAAAAUCGAACCAAAUUCUCUCGAUGUCGUGGUUGGACAAAAUGCCAGUUUACAUUGUGAAGCAAAUGGAUUUCCUGUUCCAACUAUUUCAUGGAUCAAACAAGAAAAUUCUUUUGGUGAAAAAGAGAAUUUAGUAAUGGACCAUAAAUUCAUCAUGAAUAGUACUUUGCUUUUAAUUCAUGUAAAGAAAGAAGACGGAGGAAUUUAUGAAUGUUCAGCAAAAAAUGGCAUAGGAAUAGGUUUGAAGAAAGCAGUUAGUUUAAUAAUUAAAGAUUAUGUUUGCACAGUGUCUCCCAAAAUUCGCCCGUUUGCUUUUCCUCAAGAUUUAAAAAUGGGUGACCGUGUAAGUGUUAUAUGCUCUGCCAGUUCUGGUACAAGACCAUUAACAUUUCAAUGGAAGAAAGAUACGGACACUCUAGUCGAGGGUAAAAAUACAGAAAUUCAUUUUCAUACUGAUCUUUCAGUUUUAGCCAUUGAUUCAAUAACAGAUCAGAACAAUGGGAAUUACACUUGCAUAGUUUCAAAUUUAGCAGGAACAACAAGUUAUAGUACAAUAUUAACCGUAUCUGCUCCACCUGAAUGGAAACAAGAACCACACGAUACUGAGAGCGUUAUUGGUUCUAAUAUAACAAUUCGAUGUCAAGCCUAUGGCUUCCCAUUGCCUACCAUACAAUGGCAAAGAAGAGAAAAUCCGUUUCAUCACUCGGAUAAAAGGGUAGGAUCGCUGAAAGAAAAUUAUCUGAUUACUUCAGAUGGAACUUUAAUAAUUACAAAUAUUCAAAAAGAAGAUGAAGGCAUUUUAGAGUGUGUUGCUAAAAACGGAAUUGGAAAGGAAUUAAAAAAGUCUGUUACACUAUCAGUUAAGGCAAUUAAUCCUAUAAACAGUAAUAGCUCUGGAAAUUAUUCUUGUGUUGUAUCGAAUAAAUUCGGUACGACAUCUUACACAGCCAUUUUAGAAGUACCAGUACCGCCUAUCUGGAAACAGGAACCUCAAAAUAUAGAAAGUAUUAUCGGUAACAAUGUAACCAUAGCUUGUCAAGCAAAUGGUUAUCCUCCUCCUACUGUAACAUGGACAAAUAAAGUUACUGUCGAAGGAAAUUUGAUUAUAACAAAUAUACAGAAAGAACAAGAAGGAAUAAUGGAAUGUUCUGCGAGAAACGGAAUUGGAGAACUGAAGAAAAUUAUCACUAUUACCGUUAAAGAACCUCCAGGAAUUAAUCCUUUUAAUUUUCCAUCUAAUUUAAAAAUUGGUGGAAGAGUUAGUGUUAUAUGUGCAGUGAUUUCAGGCUCAAAGCCAUUCAAAAUUUGGUGGGAGAAGGAAAGUAGAACUAUUAAAGAAGACAAACAUAUUACUAUUCAUAUUCACGCUGUUGAAUCAGUUUUAAGAAUCGAUCCCAUAACUGUCGAAAGCUCAGGAAACUAUUCAUGCAUAGUUAGUAACGAAUUUGGCACAACUAGGCAUAAUGCAGUCUUAGAAAUUCCAAUGUCUCCUACAUGGAUUUUAGAACCAAAAAAUACAGAUAUUGUGGUAGGUAACAAUAUAACCAUUCAAUGCCAAGCGCAUGGUUUUCCCAUACCAAAUUUAUCUUGGAGUCGGAAAGAUAUUCCUAAAAUUGCUCCAUUUUCCUUUCCUCCCAAUUUAAAAAUUGGAGAUAUAGGAAGCGUAACAUGUUCUGUAACCUCUGGCAGCCGACCAUUAAAAUUUCAAUGGAAAAAAGAUCAUAUCGAUAUUAACGAAAAUACAAACGUAGCAGUGCUUACACAUUCAGAUUUAUCAGCAGUAUCAAUAAAAUCUAUUAAAGAAGAAAAUAUCGGAAACUAUACUUGCACAGUUUCAAAUAAAUAUGGUUCAAAUAGCUACAUGACAAGAUUAGAAGUUCCAAUACCGCCAACGUGGAAAAUUGAACCAAAAGAUAUCGAAAUUGUUAAAGAUGAUAAUGUAACUAUAAAAUGUGAAGCAAAUGGCUUUCCAACACCAAAAAUGGAAUGGACUAAAAAAUAUGGUGACAUGCCUAUAAUCAGACCAUUCUCUCUUCCUCGUGAUCUCAAAAUUGGAGAUAAAGUCAGUAUUCUCUGUUCAGUUAGUUCCGGGCAACAACCGCUAACGUUUCAUUGGAUAAAAGAUGGAGAAGAAAUGUUUGAAACUAAGAAUAUAAAAAUUCAUAGUCAUUCCGAUGUGUCAGUAAUUACUAUACAUUCUAUUAAUGAAAAUAGUGUAGGAAACUACACUUGCUUUGUAAGUAACAAUUUUGGAACUACUUUUCACACAGCUGUAUUAGAAGUGCCAGUAUCUCCAUCUUGGAAAAUCGAACCAAAUUCUCUCGAUGUCGUGGUUGGACAAAAUGCCAGUUUACAUUGUGAAGCAAAUGGAUUUCCUGUUCCAACUAUUUCAUGGAUCAAACAAGAAAAUUCUUUUGGUGAAAAAGAGAAUUUAGUAAUGGACCAUAAAUUCAUCAUGAAUAGUACUUUGCUUUUAAUUCAUGUAAAGAAAGAAGACGGAGGAAUUUAUGAAUGUUCAGCAAAAAAUGGCAUAGGAAUAGGUUUGAAGAAAGCAGUUAGUUUAAUAAUUAAAGUUUCUCCCAAAAUUCGUCCGUUUUCUUUUCCUCAAGACUUAAAAAUGGGUGACCGCGUAAGUGUUACUUGUUCUGUCAGUUCUGGUACAAGACCAUUAACAUUUCAGUGGAAGAAAGAUGCAGAUAUCUUACUUGAUGGUAAAAACAUAGAAAUUCUUUUCCACACUGAUCUCACGGUUUUAGCCAUUGAUUCAAUAACUGAUCAAAACAACGGAAAUUACACUUGUAUAGUUUCAAAUUUAGUAGGAACAACAAGUUAUAGUGCAAUAUUAAUCGUAUCAGCACCACCUGAAUGGAAACAAGAACCACACGAUACUGAGAGCGUUAUUGGUAAUAAUAUAACGAUUCGAUGCCAAGCCUAUGGUUUCCCAUUACCUACUAUACAAUGGCGAAAAAAGGAAACUUUGUUUCAUCAUUUGGAUAAAAGUAUGGAGACUUUGAAAGAAAAUUAUCAGAUUACCUUAGAUGGAACUUUAAUAAUUACAAAUAUUCAAAAAGAAGAUGAAGGAAUUUUAGAGUGCAUUGCAAAAAACGGAAUUGGAAAGGAAUUAAAAAAAUCUGUUACACUAUCAGUUAAGGUACCGCCUAUCUGGAAACAGGAACCUCAAAAUAUAGAAAGUAUUAUCGGGAACAAUGUAACCGUAGCUUGUCAAGCAUAUGGUUAUCCUCCUCCUACUGUAACAUGGACAAAUAAAGUUACUGUCGAAGGAAAUUUGAUUAUAACAAAUAUACAGAAAGAACAAGAAGGAAUAAUGGAAUGUUCUGCGAGAAACGGAAUUGGAGAACUGAAGAAAAUUAUCACUAUUACCGUUAAAGAACCUCCAGGAAUUAAUCCUUUUAAUUUUCCAUCUAAUUUAAAAAUUGGUGGAAGAGUUAGUGUUAUAUGUGCAGUGAUUUCAGGCUCAAAGCCAUUCAAAAUUUGGUGGGAGAAGGAAAGUAGAACUAUUAAAGAAGACAAACAUAUUACUAUUCAUAUUCACGCUGUUGAAUCAGUUUUAAGAAUCGAUCCCAUAACUGUCGAAAGCUCAGGAAACUAUUCAUGCAUAGUUAGUAACGAAUUUGGCACAACUAGGCAUAAUGCAGUCUUAGAAAUUCCAAUGUCUCCUACAUGGAUUUUAGAACCAAAAAAUACAGAUAUUGUGGUAGGUAACAAUAUAACCAUUCAAUGCCAAGCGCAUGGUUUUCCCAUACCAAAUUUAUCUUGGAGUCGGAAAGAAGAUGAAGGUAUUUACGAAUGUACAGCAAUAAAUAUUCUUGGUACUACUCUUCAAAAGACAAUAACUGUUAUUGUAAAAGAUUUACCUGUUAUUGCACCAUUCAAUUUUCCGCAGACUAUAAAAGUUGGUAACAGAAUAAGUGCAAUGUGUACUGCUACAUCUGGGGAUCAACCCUUUGUUUUUAACUGGAAAAAGGAUCAGGAAGAUAUAUCAGAAAAUUCUGUAAUUAAAAUCAUAACUGCUAAUCAUAUAUCAGUAAUAUCUAUCGAUUCUGUAAGUUCAGAAAAUGCGGGAAAUUAUACAUGUAUCGUAUCAAAUGCAGUCGGCACUGCAAGUCAUACAGCGACAUUGAUUGUUCCAAUAUCUCCAAGUUGGGAAAAAGAACCUAAAAAUGUAGAAGUUGUUGUUGAUACCAAUGUGACCAUCGAAUGUCAAGCGUCUGGAUACCCUAAACCUUCUAUAACUUGGAAUAUUAAAGAAAAUUCUUUUGGUGAAAAAGAGAAUUUAGUAAUGGACCAUAAAUUCAUCAUGAAUAGUACUUUGCUUUUAAUUCAUGUAAAGAAAGAAGACGGAGGAAUUUAUGAAUGUUUAGCCAAAAAUAAUUUAGGAGAAAUCAGAAAGGCAAUUACUGUUACUGUUAAAGAAUUACCAGUGAUUAAACCAUUUACGUUUCCUGACAAUUUGAAAACAGGAGAUAGUUUAAGUGUGUCAUGUUCUGUUAUUUCUGGUGAUAAACCUUUAACGUUUAUGUGGAUGAAAGAAAACAAAGAGAUUAAAGAUGGUUCAAACGCUAAAAUUCAUACUCAUACUAGCCUUUCAAUAUUAGCUAUAGAUCCUUUAGAUGAACAAAACAGAGGCAACUAUACUUGUAUUGUCUCUAAUGCCUUUGGUUCAACUUCACAUACAGCAAACUUACAGAUUCCAGUUCCGCCUUCAUGGAUAGAAGAACCGAAAAAUUCUGAAGCAGUCGCAAAUGGUAAUAUAACAAUACUUUGUCAAGCUUCUGGAUACCCAAAGCCAACUAUUACUUGGGUACGAAAAGAAGGCCCUUUCGAUUCUUCUGUCAGUAUGGAUAAUAAAGAAAUUAAGGACAAUGAAAAACUGACAUUUGUUAAGAUCUCAAAGAAUGACGAAGGUUUAUAUGAAUGCUCCGCAUAUAACGGUAUUGGAACUUCUCUGAAAAAGACCAUCACGUUAAGUGUUAAAGAAUCGCCAAAGAUUCAGCCAUUUCAUUUUCCAUCAGAAGUAAAAAUGGGAAGUAAAAUUAGUAUUGGCUGUUUUGCACUUGGAAAAAAACCAUUAACAUUUAAUUGGUUAAAAAAUAAUCAAAAUGUAAAAGACAUCUCUGGAAUUCAUUUAAAAACAGACGAAGAGUUUUCUGUUUUAACAAUAGAGCCUGUUGAUUUAAAAAGUAUUGGCAAUUAUACAUGCUUAGUACAGAAUAGUAUAGGAGAAGAUAAAUUUACAGCUCAGCUUAGAGUUAAAAAAAACGAUUAUUCCACAAACAACGUUCAAAAAUCGGAAAAUGGUACAUUUUAUAUUACAAAUGUCGAUAUCAAACACAGUGGAAAUUACGUCUGUGAAGCUGAUAAUGGGAUACCUCCAAGUUUAAGAAAGAUAAUUACGGUUAUAGUGCAUGUUAUGUUUUUAGAUACUCCCGUUAUUCAACCCUUUAGUUUUCCUGAUAAUAUAAUUGCUGGUAAAUCUAUCAGUAUAUUUUGUACAGUUACAGAUGGAAUUAAACCAAUAACUUUUAGUUGGUUAAAAAAUAAUGUUGUUCUAACAAGUGAUGAAGACAUCAAAAUUAAUAAUCAUGAUUUGUAUUCUGCAUUGAUAAUUGAUCACGUUGAUGUUAGACAUAAAGGAAAUUACACUUGUAAAGUAAAAAAUAAAAUUGGCUCAGACAGUCACACUGCUUUCUUUGAUAUUAAAGUUCCUCCUAGAUGGAUCACAGAACCAAUGGAUCAUUCGAUCAUUUUUGGUUCUAAUCAUUAUCUGGAUUGUAAGGUAUUCGGAUUUCCGCCUCCUCAAGUAAAAUGGUUAAAGUUAGACGAUAGUUCAGAAAAUACACCAAUUUUAGCUGCAGAAAGUGAUAGAUGGACCGUGCUUAAAAAUGGCACAAUCAUUAUUACAAAUGUGAAAAAGGAAGACAGUGGAACAUAUAUGUGUCAAGCUGAUAAUAAAUUCGGCAAUACACUUAAAAAAAUUAUAAAAAUAGACGUAUUUGUUCCAGCAAGAUUUGAAGAGAAAUAUAGCACAGUAACCAGUAAGAAAGGAGAUAGCGCCAGACUGAGGUGCGAUGCUAUCGGAGAUCAACCGUUAUCAAUAACGUGGAAAAAAGGCCCCUUACAGUUAUCGAAAAGUAGAAAUGCUAGAUAUGAAGUAUUCGAGACUCUUACAUCGGAGGGUCUUCAAUCUGAAUUAGUUAUUCGAGAAACAAAACGAGAUGAUGGCUCUAUAUAUAUAUGUAUUGCCGAAAACACAUAUGGAUCUGAUGAAAGAAAAGUCAAAUUGUCUAUAUUAGAGGUUCCUGGACGCCCUCAAAAUGUUAAAAUUGCUGAAAGGUGGAGUCGAAGUGCCACAGUUGUCUGGUCCGUGCCUUAUACAGGAAAUAGCCCUAUUACAAAGUAUAUAGUGCAGUAUUGGCGAGAAAAAGGUGCACCUCAUCGUCUUCAUGAACAUCCUAUAUCAAGUUUGCAAACCUCUACUAUGAUAGAUAAAUUACAUCCAGGCACUUCUUAUGUUGUGAAUGUAGUAGCUGAAAAUUCUGUCGGAAGAGGUGAAGCAUCAAAACCAGUACGUUUUCAUACUGGAGAAGAAGAACCCAGCCUUCCCCCCGUCGAUGUUAGUAUCGAACAAAAGGGCCCUACUACCAUUAAAGUAACUUGGAAACCUCCACCUUUGGACAGUUGGAAUGGUCAGUUAAAGGGAUAUUAUAUAGGUUAUAAAAUUAGAGCAGCGCCUAUAGCACAGUCAUAUAACUUUAAAUUUGUUGAGUAUGGAGGAGAAAGAACUCAAGAAUAUCUUCUCACCAAACUGAUGAAAGGCACUGAAUACUGUAUUGUCGUACAAGCUUAUAAUUCUGCAGGUAGUGGACCACCUUGUCAUGAAAUGAUAGAAAGAACAACUGAUGCAGAUGUUCCACAUUCUCCCUUUCUCUCUCUAAUGUCAGUCACUGUGAGUUCUAUCAGUGUUAAUUGGCUAGCAAAACAUUCUAAAACACCAUUAACAGGAUUCAUAUUGCAUUAUAGAAGAGGAUUUAAUUCUUGGAAAGAGACAUCUUUAAUACCAGCUAAUGAGAAACAAUAUACACUGAGCAAUUUAGAUAGUGGAACGUUUUAUGAAUUAUAUUUAACUGCUGCAAAUCAAGCAGGAAAAAGUGAUCCUAGUGAUACUCUCAGAGUUAGAACAGAUUUUGUUGAAGGCUAUAAAUUAUCUUCUGUCAUCGAUAAGACUGUAUGGAAUCCUCCAUAUUUCCAGAUAUCAGUACUUAUUCCAAUAGCGGCUUGUCUAACUUCCAUAUUUGUAGCAAUUAUAGUAGCGUGUGUCUGCGUUAGAAAGCUCAAAAACGAAAGAAGAAAACGAGGCUUAAUGGAAGAUAAACAAUCUAACUAUGGAGGUACGAUACAAAGAUACGUUGAUGUAGAAAAAAAUCGUCCUCUUGUAAAUAACGAAUGUUCCAUGUCUUCACUUUAUCCAGCACCUUAUGCCACUAUUCCCAUGAGAGAUGAUCCAGAAGGAGAUUUUGCCAAAAGUGGUAUGGAUCAUGAAAUGAAAACAUUUGUACAGCAAAAUCACAUCGAACGACCAAUACCACCUCCUAGACCUAGUUCUCUAAAGAAGAAAAUUGAAUUACGGGCGACUAAAGGAGGAAUAAGUAGAGCUGGUGUUCAUGUUUGGUACUAUUCUCCGAAAAUUCAGCCUUUCAAUUUCCCUCGUCAUAUUCGAGUUGGGCAAAAAGCUACAGUUACGUGUCUAGUUUUAUUUUCUGACGAAUCUCUAUCGUUUACAUGGACAAAAGAUGGAAAAACUGUACCUGAUAAUUCUGAAAUACGCAUAAAACACGAAAAAGAUUAUUCCGUUAUUAUUGUCGAUCCUGUUAAAAUACAGAGUCAAGGAAACUAUACCUGUAAAGUGAAUGGCAAUUUCGGAAGUGAUGCCUACACUACAGAACUUUUCGUUGAAGAUGCACCCACAUGGAGAGAAGAACCACAAGACCAAAUCGCAAUUUUAGGUAACGAAUUAGAAUUACGUUGUAAAGCUAAUGGCUCUCCUAAACCUCAAAUAUUAUGGAAAAAACUUAAAAUGAAAAUAAUUCCUAUAACGGAUUAUGAAUAUGCUUUUAAUAUCGAUAUUCAAGUGCUCUUGUUUAAUAAUACAAACAUCUUUAGUCCUCGUUACAGCAAUGUUCGAUAUAAUUUUUAUUUAUUUGUAGAUCCUCUUAAAAUCGAGCCUUUUAAUUUUCGAAGAGUUCCAAUAGGUGAAACAACAACUGCUUUAUGUGCAGUAACAUCAAAAACUAAACAUGUCUCAUUUACUUGGCUAAAAAAUGGUGAAACCAUUAAUAAGUCGGAUGAAAUAAAAAUAAAACACGAUUUAGAUUAUUCUGUUAUAAAAAUUGAUUCAGUGAAGCUAGAUAGUAGAGGUAAUUAUACUUGUGUGGUGAGAAGUGGAACGUAUGUAAAUUCUUUUACAGCGCAACUUGAAGUUGAAGCUUCUCCAUCAUGGUUAGAGGAACCUUUUGAUAUAACUAACAUGUUAGGUGAACCAAUGCACUUACAUUGCAGAGCUUCUGGUUCACCCGAACCUAAAAUUAUCUGGAGACGAUUUGAAGACAAUAGCAAUAGCAAGCUUUUAUCUUCAAACAAAAAUGGCUCUGUUCUGAUCAAAGAGACAAAUGAAAAAGACCAAGGAAUAUACCAGUGCGAAGCCGACAAUGGAAUUAUGCCUUCAAUCAAAAAAAAUAUCAGUGUUAAAAUAUAUGAUAAUCAGGGAAAUUACACGUGUGUGGUAACUAAUAAUUUUGGGAGUGACAGCUAUACCGCUCAGCUUCUUGUCGAAGCCCCUCCUCAAUGGGCUGAAGAACCUAAAGAUGCAAUUAUGAUAGCAGGGGAGACUGUUAGUAUUCAUUGCCAAGCUACAGGAUCGCCAAAACCCUUGGUAACCUGGAAAAAGCUCGAAGGAAAAACUCCAAAAAAUAUUUUAAACGGAAAAUUGACGCCAAUUUCAGUAGACAAUGGUACAUUAAUAUUCAAAAAUGCUUCUGCCGAGCUAUCUGGUUUAUAUGAAUGUGAAGCCAGCAACAGUAUUGGACAGGCUAUAAAAAAGACAAUAGAGCUAACUGUUAAGGUUCCUGCCAGAUUUGAAGAAAAAUUUACAGUUAUUACUGCCAGAAAAGGAGAAAGUUCUAAAAUAAGAUGUGAGGCCAUAGGUGACCAACCAGUUUCCAUUGUAUGGUCAAAAGAAGAUAUUAAGUUAAACAAAGCGGGAGGAACGAGAUACGAAAUUUUCGAGACACUUUUGCCUAAAGGCAUGGUGUCAGAGUUAAUUAUUCGCUCGUCAGACCGCGAAGACGGAGCGUUGUACACCUGUGUUACUGAGAAUCAAUAUGGUCAUGACCAAAGAAAGAUCAGAUUAUUAGUUAUGGAAGUGCCAGCUCCUCCAUUAGACCUUAAAGUACGCGAAGUUUGGAGUAGAAGUUGUAGUAUUUCUUGGUCUUCUCCUUACAGUGGCAACAGUCCCAUUACAAAAUAUAUCAUUCAGUAUUGGCGGGAUCAAGGUUCCGGUAAUCGUCUUUACGAAAAAGAAGUUCCAAGUUCUCAGUCUAAUGCCCUUAUUAAAGAUCUUCAUCCCGGAACAUCCUACAUGUUAAAAGUCGUAGCAGAAAAUACAGUUGGAAGAGGCGAUCCCUCUGCAUCAGUUGUAUUUCACACUGGAGAGGAAGAACCAAGUUCUCCACCAGUUGAUAUUUCAGUAGAAAGCGGUGGGUCGUCUACCAUAAAAGUUACUUGGAAGCCGCCACCUAGAGACAACUGGAACGGUAAUUUGAAAGGAUACUACAUUGGAUAUAAAAGCAGAGAUUCAACACAGCCAUAUUCUUAUAAAACUGUGGAAUAUGUUCCGAAUAGAACACAGGAAUAUUUUCUUACAAAUCUACUUAAAGCUACUGAUUACAGUGUUAUAGUUAAAGCCUUUAAUUCCGCAGGAGGAGGUCCUGCAUCUCACGAAGUAAUUGUCAAAACCUUAGAUGGAGAUUUGCCAAGUCCACCGUCCGUUUAUGUUUUAUCUACCUCUCCGACAUCAAUCACACUUAGAAGGAAUUCUAAAAGAUCUGACACUGCAGUUACAGGUUACACAAUUUAUUAUAAAGAAGAAGAAGAAGGAGAAUGGCAGGAGGUUCCAAUUACUUCAAUUGAUGAUAAUACCUACGUUUUGAAUGACCUUAACAUUGGCAAAACCUACCAACUUUACAUCACCGCUUCCAAUCAAUACGGAAGAGGCGAUCCCAGUGAGAUCAUUGCUGCCAGAACAGUAGAUAGAGCUCUCCUAGCUGUGGUUGGCGGCGCUCAUCCACCUUAUUUAGAUUUAGCAGUUCUAGUACCAGUAGCCGUGUCUUUACUUACUAUAGUUAUAGUAAUUACUGUUGCUUGUAUCUGUGUUAGAAAAAUCCGAAAAAGACAACAUAUAGAAAGAGCUCUAGCAGCGGAGAAACACUUAUCGUUACCCGGCACCAUGCAACGUUACGUCGACGUGGACAAAGCCAGACCACUGGUACAAGUGGACCCUUCCAUCCAAGAGAAUUAUCCAUCACCUUAUGCCACAAUGCCUAUGAUGGACGAAUCGGAAAUCAAUUAUAGUAAAGAAUGUCUCAAUCAAGAAUUAAAAACCUUUUUCCCUCAGGACAGACCAGUCUAUCCUAAACCGAGUUCAUUAAAACGAAGGGACGAUCACAUAUAUGACAUGGUGGAAAUACAGCCUUUUUCAUUUCCAAAAAACAUAGACGAAGGUCAACGAGUACAAACAACGUGCGCUAUUCGCAAAGGAAAAGGUGAUUUAAGUUUCUCUUGGAAGAAAGAUGGUCAGCCUAUAGAAAGUAAUACAAUGUGGACAAUAUAUUCUCACGAAAUGGCAUCCAUGUUUAUGAUAAAUAACGCUUCGGUAGAAAGUACGGGAAACUACACUUGCAUGGUAAGGAGUGCUUCUUCAGAAGAUGCCUACACUGCCGCAUUGAUUGUUACAGGACCGCCUAAAUGGUUAAAAGAACCAGCAGACUUGGCCGUAGCCGCGGGCGAUAAUGCCACUCUGGAGUGUCAAGCGUAUGGAAAUCCUGAUACAUCUUUCACGUGGAAGAGGAGCCGAGACGAUAAGAAAACAUGGCACGACAUCGAAGACGGACACAUGAAGAUAGAGGCAAAAGGCACUUUAACAUUUUACAACAUACGCGUAACGGAUGCGGGAUAUUAUAAUUGCGAAGUAACGAACGGAUUAGGUACCUUACAGAAAACAAUUGUUUUAAAAGUCAAAGAAAUACCAAAAAUCCAACCGUUUUUCUUUCCCAAAAACUUGACUGCUGGUAAAACAGUCAAAGUGAUAUGUAAUCCAUCAGAAGGAAGCGUUCCUUUUACUUUCGAAUGGUUGAAAGAUGGCACACAAGUCGUCCCUUCUACCCAUGUGGCUGUUAAGACCCACGAGGACUAUUCUUUAUUAAACAUCGAUUCUGUUAGUUGGGAAGAUGCUGGAAAUUACAGUUGUGUGCUUAAUAAUUCUGCUGGUAGCGAUACAUUUACUGCAACACUAUCCGUUUUUGCAUCACCGGUUUGGCUAAAAGAACCGCAAGAUACGUCAGUAGCUAAUGAAGGAAUGGUAGUUAUAGAUUGCAUAGCUGCGGGUUAUCCGCAACCGAUAAUUAAAUGGAGAAGAUUACAAGGUAGGGUAUCUACAGUACUAAAAUCCGAAGGCAGAUAUUUUCUUGCUUCUAAUGGGUCAUUGAUUAUUCGUCCAAGUCAGCUGAAUGAUUCUGGUUCAUACGAGUGCAGAGCUUCCAAUGGGAUGGCUAACGAUUUAAUAAGAACAAUUAGUUUAACUGUACACGUUGCAGCUAGGUUCGAGCAGAAAUUCGCCGUCCAUACAGUGAAGCUUGCAGAAACGGCUAAAUUACGGUGUGAUGCUGUAGGCGACAAUCCGACAACAAUUACGUGGACUUACAACCAUCAGUCUAUUACACAACAUCAAAGCUCAAGAUACGAAAUAUUCGAAAGUAUUACCGAUAAAGGUACCACGUCGGAACUCCAUAUACAUGAUGCAGAUAGAGGAGACAAUGGACAAUAUGUAUGUGUUGCGAAGAAUUCUUAUGGCAAAGACGAAAGAACUGUAAAAUUAGUCGUACUCGAAGUUCCAGGAUCUCCUUCGGAUGUCAGAACCGAACAGACAUGGAGUCAGAGUGCCAGCGUUAGAUGGACCUCUCCUUAUAAUGGCAACAGUGCUAUUACUCAAUUUAUUAUACAAUACUGGAAGGAUUCCGGAACUUCCCAUCGUUUAGAAGAAGAAACUGUAUCCCCAACACAAAACACAAUGACUUUACACAACUUGCAUCCAGGUACUGCCUAUAUUGUUCGUGUUUUAGCUACAAAUGAGAUUGGAAGAGGAAGUCCUUCGGAGUCUGUCCAAUUUAUUACCAAGGAAGCAGCACCGUCUGCUCCCCCCACUGAUGUUUCUGUAGAUGCAAAGGGUGCUGGCGCUCUGACAAUCAAAUGGAAAGCUCCUCCAAGGGACCAAUGGAACGGGUUAUUAAAAGGUUAUUACGUGGGAUACAAAAUCCAAGGCACGAGUGAUUCGUAUACUUAUAAAACGGUCGAUUUUAAUAAGCAUCUGGAGGAGGAAUACAGAUUAUCUGGUUUAAAAAAAGCCACAGAGUAUUCAGUAGUUGUGCAGGUUUUUAAUAACGCCGGUAGUAGUCCUCCCUCUCACGAAAUCAUAGUGAAAACUUCAGAAAAAGAUCCUCCAUUACCUCCAUAUCUAUGGUUAGAGUCCCGAUCUCGCUCAAGUAUAUCUUUAAAAUGGGACCACAAAAGUAAAGAAGAACAACAGGAAAUACAUUAUAUUCUGUUCUACAGAGAAGAAAGUGGAACGUGGACGGAAUUAGCCGUGCCUCGCGAUUCUCACAACCAAUAUUCGUUAACAAAUUUAAGGGAAGGUACAAGGUACCAGUUAUAUUUGAAAGCCUAUAGCGAAGCGGGACAGAGCGAUUCUAGCGAGAUGCUAUCAGUCAAAACUGAAGGUGGAGCUCUGUCUGAUUCUUCUUCUUAUCCAAUACACGAACGAGAAAACGACACUCCUGUGUAUCUCAGGGAAACAGUUAUUGCUCCUAUAGGAGUAUCUGUGGCCAUAGUCCUAUUGGUUGUCUUUGGUGCUUGUCUGUACGUUAGACGAGAAGAAAAAAAAUACAGAGCAGCCUUAGCAAGCGUGACAGAUAAACGCUAUCCUUAUGGAGGAAACCACACCCUUCCUCAUAUGUCCAGUCAGCGUUACGUAGAUGUGGAUAAGAGUAGACCUUUAAUCCGGUCUCCCCUACCGCCACCGCCACCUUCAGCUUCCGAUACUUAUCCUGCCUAUCCAGCCCCCUACGCUACUUUACCGUUACGAGGCGGAACACUGGAUCGUCGCAGGUUCUCCGAAGAUCAACAAAGGGCCACCUUUCUAGCUCAGCAUACCCUAGAUAGAAAACGGUCUACAGGGCAUGUAAUACAAGAAACGGCCGAAGUGCAUCAUUACGAUAUGGCUGCAUAGAGCAUAUGGACUCGAUUGUGUUUGUGCAUAAUCCAGACUUCUGAAGGGUGCUUCAUCGAUAUUCACCUCAGGACUUAUGUCACGCGGAAUGGACCAAUGGGACGGCAGCAGAUAACGACCGCCACUCAUUCAUAAAUACCUUUACCGAAUUUUCGGUAAUUUUUUUCUAGUCCUAAUAUUUAGAGAGUCCCAAUGGGUGUCGUGGUGGAAUUUAUUUCCCUCUUGUUUGUAAGAUUUCAGAAAGACGUGAUUAAUUAUUAUAUUAUUCAAUCAAUUUUCGUGGACAAAGAAUUGUUGAUUUGUUUGUUUUAUCGAAACGUCGUCUUGGUUACAAGUGAGGUCUUGUAUACAAGAAUCAAUAAAAGAUU